AUGCCAAGUGGCAUUAGCAAGCGCCAGCAGCUGCGCAAUGAGAAAGCCCUCGCCGACCUGAUCCGGACAGUUCCCGGUAAUGACCGUUGUGCCGAUUGCGAUGCCCUGACCCCAGGAUGGGCAAGCUGGAAUAUGGGUAUCUUCCUGUGUAUGCGGUGCGCCACAAUCCACCGCAAACUGGGAACACACAUUUCCAAGGUCAAGUCCUUGUCAAUGGACAGUUGGUCGUCGGAACAGGUUGAUAAUAUGAAAUCGCACGGCAAUCUGCUCAUGAACAAGAUCUUUAACCCCCAAAAACAUCAAACCACCUGUCCCUACCGAUAUCGAUGA